AUGAGCGCCAUUUUGUCUGCGGACGACCUGAACGAUUUCAUUUCUCCAGGCGUGGCAUGCAUCAAGCCCGUGGAAAGCCUUCCGCAAAAGAGCACCAAAAAUGAGAACCCAUACGAAGUAACAACUGAGGACAAAGUCGAGCCCGAAAACCUACCUCCUGCGCAAAUAUCUUUGACCGACUGUCUUGCCUGUUCUGGAUGUGUCACAUCAGCAGAAGCGGUCUUAAUUUCCCUCCAGUCGCAUACCGAAGUCUUGAACACCCUCGACGCAUCUCCGGAGAUCCCAUUAAUAAACUCGGCGCAGGGUACAGUUCUAAGAGAUCCAAACGAAGUACCCGGCGGGAAGGUCUUUGUGGCCAGUGUAAGCCCGCAAGUGAGGGCAAGCCUGGCCGCUACAUACGGAAUAUCGGAGAAACAUGCAGGGUACAUGAUUGAUCAGUUCUUGCGCGGGCCGAAUGGGUUGCGCAGCGGUGGCCAGCAUCGAAAUGGCUUUACUUGGGUCGUUGAUACCAAUGUCAUGCGCGAGGCUGUCUUAGUUCUCACUGCCGAUGAAGUUUCCGAAUCUCUUGCUUCAGAUGGUGCCACUACGAGCAGCGGCGGUCCGAAUGAGAUACCCAAGCGGCCAAUUCUAUCAUCCGCAUGCCCUGGAUGGAUAUGCUAUGCAGAGAAGACUCAUCCGUUUGUCCUGCCGCAUCUUUCUCGCCUUAAGUCCCCUCAGGCUUUAUCGGGGACAUUUUUGAAGACUGUCUUGAGCAAAUCGCUUGGGAUCCCACCUUCACAGAUCUGGCACUUGGCCGUCAUGCCAUGUUUUGACAAGAAGCUCGAGGCAAGCCGCGAGGAGCUGACAGAUAUCGCUUGGCGAGAGCGAGAUGUCUCCAACGGCACAGAAAAAAUUCAAACUGUGCGCGACGUGGACUGUUUACCCCUUCAGCCACUAGAUUCAACCUAUAAUCCUUCGUUCCCACAUCAAACUCUCGACUCCUUCAUCUCUUUCAAGCAAUCCCCGGCCGAACAGUCUCUCGCAACAGGAACAUCCGGCGGAUACCUCCACCACGUGCUCAUGACCUUUCAAGCCCGAAACCCCGGAAGCGAGAUCAUCACCAACAGAGGCCGCAAUUCCGAUGUCGUUGAGUACAUCCUCAUGUCCAAGGAAGGCCAGCAGAUCCUCAAGGCAGCCCGAUACUACGGUUUCCGGAACAUCCAGAACCUAGUCCGGAAGCUGAAGCCCGCUCGAACUUCCCGCAUGCCCGGCGCAAAGCCCGCGGUCAGCAGACGGCCAGUCGCAUCUCGUAAUGCAGCAUCGGGCGGCACGGGAUCCGAUUACGCGUACGUGGAGGUCAUGGCAUGCCCAGGCGGCUGCACCAACGGUGGAGGCCAGAUCCGGAUCGAAGACGCGAGGGUUAUCGCUAGCUCGUCGCUGCCAGCAGAUUUGACCGUCCCGUCUGAAUCCUCGAAGCCGUCUCCUCAUGAACAGAGGGCGUGGCUUGCGCGGGUGGAUGAGGCGUACUUUUCGAUGGAAUCUGAUUCGGAGCCUGAGUCUGAGGCUUCGCUCAAGCUUCCCUCUGUGGAGAACAAAGAAGCUCGUAUCCAGGACGGUCUGCGCAACUGGUCUCAGUUUACGGGUAUCCCUCUGGCUAAGUUGGUGUACACCACGUAUCGCAAGGUCGAAAGCGAUGUGGGGAAAGAUCCUAGUGCGGAUGUUGAUACGACGCGGGUGGUGGAACUCGCUGGGAAGAUCGGUGGUGGAUGGUGA